AUGCCUCCUCUAGCUAGGGCCGCAAGCACAGUUUUCGACCUGAUGAGCACGGCCGAGAAGGAACGACUCAUCCGGCAAGAAAUGAAUGCUGCAGAAGCCCGGUUGCAGAACAUACGAGACGCCGGCCGGGCUUCAGCCAAGGCAAUCUCAGACUUGGGCGUGCAGCGAGUGGCGGAGACCUGCGGGCUGAGGGAGGUGGAAGCCGACGCUAUACGGGAGAUGUAUAAGGAAGAGGGCGCGGCCAGGGCGGAUGCCGCGAGCGACGCGAGCCGCGCCAAGAUGCAAGUCAUCGUGACUGCGGGAAAUCUGGAAGUCGAAGAGCUCAAAGAAAUGUACGCUGCGGAGAAGGCCACGAGGGAAAAGGGCGUCGAGGGCGUCAUGAAAGCCGAGUCGCACUGUAUCGCGAUUUUGAUUACCGAAAUUACGAAAGCGAGGAUAGAGGCUAUCGCACAGGAGAAAACGGCGAGCUUGAAGGAGAUCAAGUCGACCCAGGUGCAUGAGAGGAUAUGCAUUGCGAAGAAGCAUACCAGGGAGCGGGAAGCGAAGACACUGGCUAUCAAGGAAGAGAAGGAGGCAAACCUGGCGGAGAUCAAGGCAACCCGGGAGCACGAGAGGAAAUGCAUUGAGCAGAUGUGGCUUGCGGAGUCCGAGGCCCGGGUGGCUGCUGUGAAGGCGGAGAGCACGCUGAAGAUUGAACUGAUGCGGGAAGAAAUGAAGUUCAAAAGGGAGUUGAUGAGGCAGGAGAUCAUAAGGCUUGCAAACGAGUCCGGGAGGGAUGGCGAGAGUACCGCCAGGGCUGCGUUGGAGGUCUCGAGGGAAUCCCUGGCGGCGGCUGGGAAGAGGAGGAGAGUCUCCUAA